AUGGAUUCUUUAAUAGUCAGCUUCUAUGCAUUUAUAAAAGAAAUUACUCUAAUAAUUUUGCCCAUAACAACUAUGCUAGCGAUAAUAACAUUUGGAAUGCAACUUUAUACCUAUUUUAAAAAAAAUAGUCAGAAAGAAUUGAAUGCGCAGAAAGACCUGUAAGGUGAUGCUGUGCUAAAUAUAAUUGCAGACGAAUAUAAGCCGUAUGAAUAUCAACAUCUAUAAAUGAUAGGUUAAUAAAUAAUUAGGAUGAUGAAUAAAAGAUUGAUUAAAACGAAUCAAAAGGUUCUAAAAAGGAUGGAAAGGAAAUUCACUUAUAGGAUAUUGAUGAAAAAAUUUCCAAAGAAAUAAUCAGUAUCAAUGAAAAAUUGAAGAUUAUUGAUAAAUUAAGAGAUUGCAAAUCAAUGAAUGACUAAAUAGAAAAUAUAAAAGUAAAUAUUUUAUUAUAUGUUAAGAUUUCCAUUUAAUAAUAUGAGGAUAAAUAUAAAGAAGACUUCCAAACAUUUCAUAACAACAGUUAUGCCCUUUAUUAAAACAACGAAGAAAAUUAGAAAAAGGUAAGAGAUGCCAUUUUUUAGAUUUAUGAAUAAACUAAUAAAUAACGGUUAGUGCAAGAUCAAUAUAAACUCUAUGUAAGACAAGUUUAGGAGAAAUCGGAUCUAAAAAAGAAUUAUAAUUUAACAGUUUAAUCAGCCAACCAAUUAGCAAGUUAUUGUAAUGCAUUUAGAGAAGUCAGAGGAGAUGGUAAUUGUUUCUACACAGCUUUUGGAUUUUAAUUCUUAUCAAUUUUACUAUUCCAUUAUUCUUUUGAUUAAUUUUGUUAAUUUAUUGAGAAGAUUAAAAAAAUUGAGUUACCGAUGAAAAUCUUUACUGAGUAAUUAGAUUUAAAGAUUGAUGAUAAGGAAAUCGAAAAAUUAAUGUUAUAAGAUUUUCUUUUCAGAUUAAUUAGAUUAAAGUCAAUUGAAGAUAUUUGUGCAAGAUAAGAGUCUUUUCUUGAACAAUUUGCUGCCUACGAACAAAAUUCAAAUGAAGUUGAUAGUUGUUUAUAUGGACUAUCAACUAUCUUCUUUAGAAAUUAUUCAAAUUAUGUUAUUGAAAACAGUGAAGUUAAGGAUGCAAUUGAUGACAAAAUAAAUUUAUUAGUAUGGGAAAUGGAGUGUAAUAAUAAUGAACUUGUUAUUUCAGAAUUAGCUAAAGGUUUGGAUAUGUAAAUUAUCAACAUUUAUUUAUUUUUAGAUUUGUACAACUUAUAUUUUUCAAAGAUUCAAAUUUUAACAAAAGGGAAUAUGGAAAUAAAUAUAAGUAGAAAAUUAUAUUAUUAAUAAAACCUGGUCAUUAUAAUAUUGGAUUAUUAAAGGGAGAAACAUUAAGCGACAAAUUAAUUUAGAAAAAUAACGCAAUUUAAAAUGAAUCUAAGACAAUAAUACAAUUGUCUAAAGACUAUUAAGAAAAUUAUUAAUAAUCUAUAUAAGAAUCAUCAAAUUUGAAGUUCAUAGUCACAAACUUAUUAGACUAAUUAUAAAAGGGAUAAUUGCCUGAAACAGAAGUUGUCAAACUGAAAAAAGAAUUAUCAGAAAAUUAACAUUGAAUAGCAC